AUGAUGCGCCACGACCCUCAGUUUGUGACAUUCCACCACGCCUACCUCAAUGAGAUCGCCACCUUCGACCUCCAGAACGCUUUCCUCGAGGAAGAGAAGGAGAGUCAGCUAUUUCGACUGUUCGCGCACGUGAGUCUCACCCGUGAUCCUCGAGCCACCUCAGACAUGGUACCCGAGGAAGUGUGGGCCAACUUGUCGCCGGACCCCGAGAUUGUCGAGCUCGAAGAACAACGCGCGCAGCUCAAGCAGGGCAAAUAUCGAAUCGAGGGCCAUGAAAAUGAGAACAAGAUUCGGAAGCUUAUUCAUGAAAUCUGCUCGAAGCGUGCGCAGCAUGAAAAGCAGGUCGUCAAAGAAUACCGCGAGGAUUAUUUUUACAACCGUCCCACUUGGGACAUUGAAAGGCAGGCACGGGGGGAAGAAGAGGAGGAGUACGUGGAGCCUGUCAUCGAUGUCGCCAUCCCAGAACGCGCGAGACUGGCCGAGAUUCUCUGCCACCAGCCUGACGACUUGACUGAAGAUGAGAUCUCCCAGCGAAGGAUUGAGGCCAUCAAUCUGAUGGUGGCUCUCUGCGACAAGAGGGAGACGGUCAAGCGCAACCGCAUCCAGCUCAGGGUUAAAGCCUGCCUGCCCAUCAAGACAGAGCCACUCGAAGCCGGAAUCGAACCUUUGCCCAGCCCCGAUCGAUUCCCUCUCCUCAUGCAUGCAGCACAAUGUCCCGACUGCAUCGGUGAUAAGCGACUGUCUCGUGACGAGCGUGCCUUUACUUAUUGCCGUCCCAUUGUCAUGAACGACCACUUUGAUGACCAGCAUCUGGUCGCGCGGGAGCGGGUCGAGCAAGGUGGUGAAAAGAUUCGGUGUGAGCAUCCCAAGUGCAAAGACCUCAAACUGCAACACUUAGACCACUUCCGGAGCCAUGUUCAGAGGAUCCAUGGUGUCACGCUG